AUGUCGCAGCAGCUUCGGCGACAGGGUACCGACCAUCAUCACCACUACAACAACAACAACUACAACUUCGCCAACCAACUCUCAUCCGGCCCUGUCUCUCCGUUUCCCCCUUCAUCUCGAUAUCCAACCUCGGCUCAAUCGUCACGGACGGCGCCUGAUCCCACCCCCCGUGAUUAUCUGCCAGCCAGAUCCGACGGGCAGUCCUUGUCUUACAGCCGCAGCAGCGCGUCUCCCCGCAACCCGAUCCCCUUCCCCCUGCAUACAAACUCGCAGCCUCACCCUUCCUCUCGUGCCGAAUCGAGCUCUUCACAGAGUCCGCAGUCGCCGAGAUCGUUGGCGUAUCCGUCCACGCCCCAGAGUCGUCCUACCAUCAGCCGGGUAGCUCAUGCGGCGUUCCCGGCCCCUCCGUCCAGUAUCACCCCAAGCUCGACAAGCACAACGACGGGCCCGAGACCUUUUGCUGCCCCGAAUCAGAAUGAUAGAGACAUGACCGAACGAUCGCUUGACAACGUGUCGCGCCAGACUCCUUGCACAACCGAUUCGAAUCAAUCAGCAACUUCAUCCCCCGUCUCGCCCGGUCAUUCGUCCCAGCAAAUGUCGAGGGAACGCCCGGGGCAGCGCACGAUGCCCCGCACAUCGUCCAUUGAUUCUGCCAUAUCCUCCCUCUCUUCGGCGUCGCAGUCGCAUAAAUCGUCGUUCGACGCCAGUGCCGUCACCCAGGCGGAUAUCGAUAACCUGGUCGCCACGGCUGGGUCUCCGGAGGCGGUAAUCAUACAUCUCUUGAAGGAAAAACAUCAUGCUGCCUCCCAGAAUACCCAGCUGUGGAGGCUGGUGGAUAAGCAGCGGACCCUGAUCCUCGGCCUGAAUAAAGAUCUAGAGCGGGCCCUGAAGGAAAAGGAGCGGUAUAAGAAAAAGGCUAAAGAUCUGCAGAACGCAGUGCCUCCGUUACCACCAAUGCAGGAGCAUGCGCAGCACGGUGCUUCUGCCAGUGUCAGUAGCACAGCUAACAGUCAAGGAUCGACAAGUCAACGGCAGCCGCAUAAUGCACCUUCGUCCAAUGUCGUGAGCCUGCAAAAUCCCACCGAAGCCGACUGGGCUAGUAAUCCUGACAAGGAGCGUUCUAUUCUGGUCGAGAAUGAACCCAACCAGCGCGUCGACCCGCAGGCCGCCCAAUCGUUGGCGUAUUCACGUCAAGAACUUUCUACGGCAAGUCCAACUUCGCUGGCCAGCUCCAGCUCCCCUACGGGUGACCGCAUCACAGGUGAAAACCGACAGGAAGGCAUCCCGCAUCCUAUUCGGAAAGCACCUCCUGCACCACUGAACCUAGAACCAAGAGAGCGAAGGGCUGUCGAAAAGGCCAUUGAUGACGAUUCGGAAUCCGAGUACGAGGACAUUUUGGAGGUGGAUGAACUACCGCGCGGGCGACGGAAAACGCGGGACGACGAUGAUCGGGAGCGGGAAUCCGCACUGGCAAAAGAACAGGGCAACGAGGGCCUCCCGUUACUGAAUAUUCCCGGCAAUGUUGGUGCCAAUGCUUAUGGCCCAAGCAAUUCGGGCCCACAAGCAGAGUUUCUGGCAUCCUCGAUGAGCCCUCGGGUGCCGCAGGGCCCAUCUAUGAACGGCCAGUCGAUUUCAAAAGCACCGAAGAGCCCUGGACUACCUCUCAGCCCACGCCCAGAAGACCGUCCUAUAGGCUCCCCACUACCCCGGAUGCCCCGAGACAUUCCGCAGAGUUUGUCCUCCAUGCCAACAUCUUCAGGGAAUAACCUUGCGGGAUUGGCGCUCACGCCCCGUGUUGGAACUUACCCCAACACUUAUGCGGGUGCGAGUUCUCAGCAGCCUGGCGCCAUCGAUGCUGCCAUACGCCCCAUACCUUCUAUCGAUGCAGCCGUCAAGGUCGAUAGUCCCCAGUCCCCGGGGUUCGCCAUCUAUCAAGGAUUGGUAUCGGAUGAAUACCCCACCCUCCUUCUACCUCCCAAUGCGCUACCUUUGAUUCAAGUGAAGGUGUCUUCCUCACGGUUACGUCCUUCUAGAAACAGCUACAAUGCGUCUCGACCGUUAGAAGAGGAGCCCGUCUUUACGCUGAGUGUCUUUUCGCGGUCCGAUAACAAGGAGCUUUGGCGUGUGGAGAAAGUCAUCGCCGCUCUCCCACAACUUGAUCAGCAGCUGAGACAGUUUUCUGUUGCCCACAUGAAACUUCCGGACCGGUCCAUAUUCAGCGGUCAUUCACCAGCAAAGAUCGAUGCCAGGCGCGCGGCCCUCAACGCCUAUUUUGAAUCUCUUCUUGACACGCCCAUGGACGAGAGGGCAGCUUUGGUCAUCUGUCAAUUUCUGACAUCUGACGCCAUUGAAGCCCGGGACGAUGAGACGAGUUUGCUGAAGGGCAACAAUCAUAGUACCAUUGAAAUGUUGCGUGGUCCUGAUGGGAAGCCCAGGAAGGAAGGCUACCUGACAAAACGAGGGAAGAAUUUCGGGGGUUGGAAGGCCCGUUACUUCGUAUUGCACGGUCCUGAGUUGAAGUAUUUCGAGUCACCUGGUGGUGCCCACCUUGGAACUAUCAAGAUCUACAACGCUCAGAUCGGGAAACAGUCCCAAGCCACUAAUGAUUCGCCGUCGCGUUCUGAAGAUGACUCCGAAAACCAAUAUCGCCAUGCUUUCCUCAUCUUGGAGCCUAAGAAGAAGGACUCAUCUGCUCUUGUUCGCCACGUACUAUGCGCUGAGAGUGACGAAGAAAGAGACGCAUGGGUCGAAGCUCUGUUGGAGUAUGUCGAGGGUCAGUCAGAGAAUGAAGGGCAGGGUAGUGGAUCUUCCAUGAGAGGCCAGCAGCAGCCUUCCGCAAAGCCAUAUUCUGCGACGAACCCCAAGUCCAAGGGGUCCGCCAACGGAAGCAAGAAUGGCGGCAAGGCAACUGAGAACCCAAGCCCGGAUGGCCCGGGCACAGUACAAGGAUUCAGUUUCGAUGACGCUGUUCCUGCAGAGCCUCCAGUGUUUGGUCCAUCUCCUGACCAACAAGGGCCGAAGUCCCCAGUGAUGCCUUCGGGCACCUUUUUUGAUGCUUCCGAUGCCAUGCAAGGGGACCAGGGACAGCUCUCGUCCAAGGUCAUAUCCGGCCCCACCAACGGCGCAGUAAUCCAGGAUGCGGGCGCCUGGGGCAACAAAGCAGCUACUAGCACAAAGGAGAAGAAACGCAGCAUCUGGGGUUUCCGUACACGGUCGUCUUAUGAUCUUGCGUCGCAGCUUCAAGCGAGCAAUGACACACCUAUGACUCCGUCCCAGAGCACCUUUGGGGAAAGAAGAGACUUUGUCAGGCCAGUUUUUGGCAUUCCCUUGGCAGAAGCAGUACAAUUCUGUCCGCCACAAGGCAUCGGUGUUGAUACUGAGCUUCCGGCUGUGGUUUAUCGCUGUAUAGAAUACUUGAAGGCGAAGGGUGCCGAAUCAGAAGAAGGUAUAUUCCGCUUGAGUGGGUCGAACGUCGUCGUCAAAGCUUUGAAGGAACGUUUCAAUACUGAAGGCGAUGUGGACUUCCUUUCCGACGAACAAUACUACGACGUGCAUGCCGUUGCAUCUCUUUUCAAGCAGUACCUUCGAGAGUUGCCGACGAGCGUUCUCACUCGUGAACUCCAUAUUGAAUUCCUGCGUGUUCUGGAACUCACUGAAAAGGAAAAGAAGAUCGUCGCAUUCAAUGCUCUUGUUCAUAGGCUCCCCAAGACGAACUUGGCCUUGCUGCGGGCGUUGGUGCAAUUCUUGAUCAUCAUUGUUAGCAAUUCCGAUGUCAACAAAAUGACCGUCCGAAAUGUUGGCAUCGUUUUUGCGCCCACGUUGAACAUCCCAGCUCCGGUUUUCUCCUUGUUCCUCACAGAGUUUGAGAGCAUUUUCGAGCAUUCGCCAUACUCCAAUCCCAAUGUGGAGCUGGUGGUCCCUCAGUCUAUGUCCCCAGAGGAUAUCCGUUCGCCUCGUCACCAAAUGUUCUCGGACAUACCCACGCCUGCAGACAGUACCUUCCGCCGGAACGGUGACCCCCGCGAUGAAAUCCCUACUCGUCACGAUACGGGCUUUAUCCCGAUGCAGCCUAGCUAUGAGCAGUCUAUGGAUCGCUAUGCCCAAGACUCGGGGAUGUUGAUGCCGAAUCCAGACUCACGCUCGGCGAAGGCAAAGAGAAGGGAAAGCUCGCUCCUAUUUAUGGAUAUGAAUCAGACGCCACCCGGCACUCUGUCUGGCGGUCAUGAUUAA